AUGGCGGAGGACCACUGGUAUCCUGACAGUGAUGAGGAGGAAGAAGCUCUAUUAAACCGCGCUUAUGACCAGUGGGAACAAUUGGGCGGAGCCGUUCCCGCUCGAGGCCCUCUCUUCCAAUUUAUCAUGCAACCUAUUGGUCGACGACGCCGCUGGCGUAAUGUAGUGGAACGUGCACAAUUCAAUGCGCAAUUGCGUCAAUUGAGGGAUCCUGGUCCUGGAGACAAUAUUGGGAUGGCGCUUACGGAAGCCUUGCAUCAAGCCAUUGAAACGGAACUCGACCGCGAGCAGCGACCCGCCCAUCAUUUUGUGAACUUUGCUAUUACAGCGCAUGGGUUCAUCCACGCGUAUCAAACCGCCAAUUUUACUGUGGGAGAAUUUUUACAACGCACGGCUCGUUUGGAUGAGAUGUUGGCCACCUUGGCCGGAAAAUUGAACAGCAAUGAAGCCUUCAACCCCGAUCGUGGGUUCCAAGUGGAUGUAGUGUUUGUCUCCAUGCCUGGCCCAGGGUCUGGUCGACAUAAACAACGCAAUGCCGGCCGUUUAUGUUUGGAUCGAGUCAACAAAAAAAAGAGAUGCAUUGUCACCAUCAAAAAUAGAGAUACUUUAUGUUGUGCCCGCGCCAUUGUCACCAUGCGUGCUCAUUGCCAUAAAGAUCAAGGCGUGGAUGGGUUUCGCGACUGGGAGAAUCUCAAACGUGGACUUCCGGUGCAACAACGUCAAGCCCAGGCUCUUCAUCAGCAAGCGGGUGUGGCUGAGGGUCCCUGUGGCAUCCCCGAGCUUCGUCAGUUUCAACAAGCGUUGGGAUCUCACUAUCAACUCUUGGUGAUGACCCGGAUGAAACCGUUCUUUUUAAUUUUCAAAGGCCCCGCCGCCCCUCAUCAGAUUCGUUUACUGAAAUCUAAUGAUCAUUUUGAUGGUUGCACGUCCUUUCCCGCGUUUGUCAAUCGCUCCUAUUAUUGCCUGGACUGUGAACGAGGGUUCAACACCGAUGAUCGAUCCCAUCAUACUUGUCAAGGGAGACGUUGCUCCGCGUGUGGACGUUUUGAUUGUCCGGAGUAUGUGGUUGGCACCCGCCCCACCGAGUAUUGCAGUCUGUGUCACCGCAAGUUUUACGGUCAUCAAUGUAAACGUUAUCAUGAAGUCAGCCACCAAUGUCAAUCGAUCAAAUGCUGUACCAAGUGUCAAGCCCAAUACACAGUCGUCCACCACCAACGUCAUCAGUGCGGGUACGCCAAAUGUUCUGUGUGUCAGGAAUGGGUGUCUAUUCAAGACCACAAGUGUUACAUUCAGCCUGCGGUAGAGCCAGAGGAGACUGAACCGACAGAGGAGGGGGGAGGUCGCAUGGUGGCGCCACCCCCUCCCCUGUUUGUUUAUGCAGAUUUCGAAGCCAUGCAGAAUGCAGAAGGGGUGUUUGUGGCUAAUUUACUGUGUUAUUCGUCCAGUGUCGAAACCACCAUCCAUGUAUUGGACGGGGAGGACUGUGCCCUCCAAUUUUUGCGUGAUUUGGAUGAUCUCACAGACGUGCCUGACUGUGAAGAUCAGCGGGAGAUUCUCGUGGUGUUUCAUAAUUUAAAAGGCUUCGAUGGCAUGUUCAUUCUCCAUGAAUUGUACCAGCAACAACGCGUGGUGGAGGAUCAACUGACUGUGGGAGCUAAAGUGUUGUCGUUCAAGAGUGGACCCCUCAAAUUCAUUGACUCGUUAUGUUUCUUGCCUAUGCCGCUGGCCUCUUUUCCUAGUACCUUUAAUUUAACCGAAUUAAAGAAAGGUUUUUUUCCUCACUUGUUCAAUACCCCCGAUCAUCAACAGUAUGUGGGUCGCAUCCCUGAUCUGGAAUUUUACGAUCCUGACGGCAUGAUGACCAAAAAGAAAGACGAACUGACCCGUUGGCAUGCCGAUCAAGUCCGUCGUAAUGUCGCGUUUAAUUUCCAGCAAGACAUGAUUGACUAUUGCAAAUCGGAUGUAGCUCUCUUGAAAGCGGGGUGUGAAGCCUUUCAAGAGGAAUUCGAACAGCAGGCUGGCUUCAACCCCAUGGCCAAGUGUAUCACCAUUGCCAGUGCCUGCAACUUGUAUUGGCGCAAGCAUCAUUUGACCCCCGAUACCAUUGCGGUGGAACCUCUGGCGGGUUGGCGAGGGGCCCAAGUCAAUCAAUCCCUCAAAGCCCUGCAAUGGCUCUAUUAUCAAGAACAUCUCCUUCCCAAAGAGGGGGCUAGUGCUGACCGCAUUCGUCACGUCCGAAACGGGGGCGAACAGUCGAUCCGAACCAGCGCCCAUCAUUAUUUUGUGGAUGGCUACGAUCCUGUGACCCGCACUGUCUACGAAUUUCAUGGAUGUCUCUAUCAUGGCUGUCCCCGUUGUUAUCCCGUGAGAACCGCCAAACAUUAUGCCACACCGGAUCGAACCGUGGAGGAACUCUAUCAAGCCACGCUCGCCAAACGCACGAUCUUGCUCCGAGCAGGCCAUACAGUCCUUGAAAUGUGGGAGUGUGAAUGGGACCAAUUGGUGGACACCGAUGAAACCGUCCAACGGUUUCUCCAUUCCUUCGAUCUGGCAGCACCCUUAGAACCCCGUGAAGCCUUCUUUGGGGGCCGAACCGGUGCGGUGGCUUUGCAUGCUGUGGCUGGAGAAGGUGAGGAAAUACGCUAUGUGGAUGUGACCUCCCUGUAUCCAUGGGUCAACAAAAAUUGUCCCUAUCCCAUCGGACAUCCACGGAUCAUCACGCAACCCACUGACCAGUCCCUGAGUCCUACUUUGGUGUCGCCACCGUGGAUAUUCUUCCUCCCAUUGGUUUAUUCCACCCUGUUCUACCCGUGCGCAGCGGAAACAAGCUCACGUUUCCUCUCUGCCGCGCCUGUGUUCAGACCGAGCAGGCCCAACCCAUGUUGA